CUGAUCCUCUCCCCGCCUCUCUUCACAUACCCCAGGCACGGUCCACCGAAGAGUACUUUUAAGAUAUGUAACUCUACACUGCAGGACAGGGCACUUUUCCGGUUCGGUUUGAGUAUCUUGAAGUAGUCUUCCCACCCAGUCUACUCGUGACCCAAAAACCAGACACCCCUACUCACGCUUCCACCCCACAAAAAGAACUUCCUGCAACCCCUUUGCCUCUCACACACAUAAAAACCCCCUUCACAUCUGAAACUCCCCGCGACAUCAGACCCCAGCCAUGACCCCCAGAUACAAGAUCCGCCCCGCCACCGAAUCCGACGCCCCGCAUCUCGCCCACAUCAACAUCGUCGCCUUCCACCAUAGCCCCUUCUGGCACAACCUGUUCCCUAACCUCGAUAUCGCCGCGACUACGCCCCUGAAACUGGCCCGCACCCUCGCCAAGCUCGCCGACGCGGAAUCCCACCUCCUCGUCGCGGAGGAGGUCUCGUCGGGCCGGGUGGUCGGGUACGCGCGGUGGAUCGCGCCGGGGAUAGAUGCCGAGGACUCACCGGCGGAGGUCUCGUUGCAGGACCCACAGAAUCUAAACUUGGUAGCCACGUGGCGAGCGCAGCAGCAACAGCAGGACAAGACAGAGAAAAGCGCGGGGCAGGGGGAGGAAGAUGCGCCUGGUAUCCUACAUGGCCAGGAAGCGCGGGCAGGAGCGGGAGGUGGGAUGAAUCCCCCGGGGACGAAUCGGGCGGUGCAGCAGCGAUUCUGGGGGCAGUUGGAGCGAUUGAAGGGGUUGUAUGUGCGGGAGGGGGAUUUUGCACUUGAGUUACUGGCAACUCUCCCGGAAGAACAGGGGAAAGGGGUGGCAUCCGGGUUGUUGCGGUGGGGGUUGGAAAGGGCGGACCGGGUGAACGCCCGGGUCUAUCUUGAAGCGACGGAGGAAGGGUACCCCAUCUAUCGCAAGUAUGGCUGGCGCGAUUUGGAGCCGUUCGAGUUGGACUUCGCCGAGUAUGGGGGUCAGGGGAGGCAGAGGUGGAUUACCAUGAUGCGCGAUAGACAGAAAUCGAAGCCAGUGUUGGAUAGACAGCAGUGAGAUUGGGGCAUGUUCGUGCUAUUUUGCAAUUGAGCAGAGUAACUUGCAGAUAUGACGAUUAAUGUCUCGGACCAUGCGGCGCAGACUCAUUGCCGCCAAGACGAGGCAGGGUCAGUGCUCACUCACCAUACAAAUGAGUCAUAUGAGAUAGUAUUAUAUGGACUCCCCCCUCCUCCGCGUAUCUCCAUGCAGGACUGAAGCUCUGUUGCAUUCAC